GAAUAAAGCGCCAGAGACUCAACUUCCUUCCUUUCUGCCUUAGAGAGGGAGGGGCCUUGGGGGAGAAUGGGCUUUUGGGCUGGGAGUGGGAGAAAUGUUUCCUUGGGGAGAGGAAUUCGGCUGCUGGUGCCAGAGCAGCUAGAGUCACCCAGGCCCUGUGAGCAGUGAGGGUGUGAGGGUGUGCCCAGCUCUACAGGAGGGAGAAGGCCAAUCUCAAGGCCAAGGCUGUUUGCAGAGGAGGGAGAACUGGACACCCAAUCAGAUCUCAGGGGCUAAGACAGAGACAACAGCCCAAAGGAGCAUCCACUCUGCCUGAUCUACCCCAGGCUCUUGUCCCCACUCCUUACCUUGUCUCCAGCUCCUCCAGGCCCACCAUGGACUCAGCAGCCAAGGAUGAAAUACAGCCCAUACUUCUCCCUGGCUCUUCCUGCCCAGGACCUGAGUGGCCGGAGCAGGAGAGGGCAGAGCAGCUGGCUCGGGGUGCAGCACUCAAGUGGGCCUCAGGCAUCUUCUACCAGCCAGAGCAGCUGGCCAGGCUGGGCCAGUACCGUAGCCGUGAAGUGCAGCGUACCUAUUCCCUGGAAGCACGCAUUAAGUCAGUGGUGCAGUCAUAUUUGGAAGGUGUACAGACUGGUGUGUGGCAGCUGGCCCGGGCCCUUGAGGCUGUGCAGGGAACACAUGAAGACCUGAGCCAGGCCCAUGACUUGCUCCAAGAUUUGGCUCAGGCCUCAAAAACCCUAGAGCCUCUGCGGGAACGAGUUGCCCAGCACAAGCAACUGCAGGCCCUGACUCAGUUGCUGCCAAGACUUCAGGCAGUGCCAGCUGCAGUGGCCCACACGCAGGCCCUGAUUGAUGCCCAACAAUUCUUGGAGGCAUAUGUGAGUUUGCGGGACCUGGAGCAGCUGCAAGAGGAGACGUGGACACCCCUAGGAGGGCUGGAGUUGCCAGUCUUCCAGGGGCUGAGCCUUCUGGCUGAGGCUCUGGGACAGGCUAUAGAGGCAGCUGCAGGGGCCGCAGGGCAGCUGGCACGUGAGGAUCCAGCCUUGCUGGUGGCUGCUGUUCGUGUGGCAGAGGUGGAGGCUGAGCGUACAAUGCCCCUGGGGCAGGCACCCCGAGACUGGAGGCAGAGAUGUCUGCGGGCACUACAGGCGGGUCUGGAACGGGUCCAUUUUGCAACACCUGUACUACCUGAGCCAGGUGCCCUGGCAGAGUGGCUGGAGGCUCUGCAGGUAACCCUGCCUGCUGAGAUGGCUACUGCUGAGGCACUAGUAGCACCCUGCUGCCCACCACAUUACAAUGUGGUCCAGCUAUGGGCCCACACCCUGCAUAGUGGCCUGCGCCGCAGCGUCCAGCAACUCCUCGAAGGGCCUGAGCUGGGAGCUGCUGACACCUUUGCCUUGCUGCACUGGGCACUGCAUGUGUACAUGGGGAAGGAAAUGAUGGGGAGCCUGGAACUGGGACCUGAGGCUGAUCUGUUCCAGCUAGAGCCCCUCCUGACCUUAGAGAAUAUUGAGCAGCUGGAGGCAGCAUUUGUGGGCCAAGUCCAGGCAAGUGUGGCCCAGUGGCUGCACAAGGCACUGGAUGGGGAAGUAGCUGAGUGGAGCCGGGAACAGGAACCCAACACAGACCCAUCUGGUUUCUACCACUCACCAAUGCCAGCCAUUGUACUGCAGAUCCUGGCUGAGAACAUUCGUGUGACCAGCCUGGUCAGUGAGUCACUGCAGCGGCGAGUACAUGGCAUGGCACUGUCAGAACUCGGUGCAUUCCUGAGGAGCUUCAGUGAUGCUCUGAUCCGAUUCUCCCGAGACCACCUCAGGGGAGAAGCCUUGGUUCCUCACUACGUGUCCUACCUACUAGCUGCCUUCAACCACCAAUCAGCACUGAGCUCGUCAGUGUCUGUCCUGCAGCCCGACGGGGUAGCUUCAGCGGUCUUGGCUCCUAUAGAAACCGCCCUGGACGAGUUACAGAGGAGGAUCUGCCGCCUGGUAUUAGAAGCACUUCAGGAGGAGCUCCAGCCCCUGUUCUCCGCUCUGCCCUCGCGCCGGUGGUUAUUGGGUUCUGAGUUGCUGGACGGUGUGUGCGAGCGGACAUCGCGCUUCUGCCGAGACUUCUGGCGCGUGCGGAAGCCUGCCGUUCAGCUGCUGCUGGCAGAGGCGGAGCGCACGGUGGUGCUGCAAUACCUACGCGCGCUGAUGCAGGGCCGCCUGGUGUGCCGCGGGGCGGACGAGCGGACCCAGGCGGCUGAGCGCCUUCAGCACGAUGCUGCACAGCUUAAGGAGCUUUUCCUGGCUUUGGGCCUGGAGGAGAGCGCGCAUUGCGCGCCGGUGCUGCUCGCGCUGAAGGGACUGCUCAACCUCCACGAUCCCACGCUGCUUGGCCUCGAGGUGGCAGGCCUGCGGCAACAAUUUCCCGACGUGAGCGAGGAUCACGUCUCCGCCCUCUUGGAUCUGCGCGGGGACGUGUCCCGAGAGCAGCGCCAGGCCGCACUCAGCUCGCUGCUGGCGGGCCCGCCGCCCUCGCCCACCACUGGCCACCGUGCACUCUUCAGCCUGGUGCCCACACGGACGCCCUCGUUGACCUCCUGCCUCCCCUCAGGCCCCUGCUCCUGAUGCCUAUCUGUCUGCGUAAUAAAGCCACGUUCACCGUACAUCUGAAACUCUGUGUGUCGGGGAACGCGGGUGUUGAAGGCCGGCGGUGAUGUUUAGGGGUCCAUG